AUGGCGAGCUCGCACUGCUGGGAGAGCCCGCCGGGCGGAGUGGGUGAGGUCGUUGACGACUUCGGCGGGCUCAAGGCCUACGUCUCCGGCUCGGCGGAGUCCAAAGCUGCUCUCAUUCUCGUCUCCGACGUCUUCGGUAAUUACUUGCCUGAGUUAAAUUGCAAGAAUCGAAGUCUUGUACUUUCCAAGAUUCGCCUACAAGAAUCACCCGAACUAUUCCCCUUCAUUACAGGGUUUGAGGCGCCAAAGCUGAGGAAGAUAGCGGAUAACGUUGCUUUGUCAGGUUACUUGGUCGUAGUGCCAGAUUUCCUGCAUGGGGAUCCAUUCGACCCCAGCAAUCCCAAUAAUCGUGCAAUGUGGUUGCAGGCACAUUCUCCGCAAAAGGCAUUUGAAGAGGCAAAACCAGUAAUUGCUGCUCUAAAGGAGGAGGGAGUGGCGACCAUUGGGGCUGCAGGUUAUUGCUGGGGAGCAAAGGUCAUUGUCGAGCUGGCAAAAGUUCACGAGAUCCAGGCAGCUGUAUUGUUACACCCUUCUUUACUUACUGUUGAUGACAUUAAAGAGAUCAAAUGCCCCAUUUCUAUACUUGGAGCUGAAAUUGACAAAACAUCACCCCCAGAAUUGUUAAAGGAGUUUCAGCAGAUCCUGUCAGCAAACUCUGGGAUAGAUCACUUCGUCAAAAUUUUCCCUGGCGUAGCGCAUGGAUGGGCUGUGAGAUACAGUGACGAUGAUGUGGCUGCUGUCAGGAGUGCUGCGGAAGCUCUGCAUGACAUGACCCACUGGUUUAAUAAAUACCUGAAGUGA